AUGAAAAAAACAAUUCAAACAAGAUUAGAACAGGGAGAAUUUUCUAUUUUAAUUGCUCCUAGUCAAUCUGGUAAAACAUCAAUAGUUUCUAAUUCAUUGAUGCCUUCUUUGAAAGAAAGAGGCUAUUAUCCUGUAUCUAUUGAUAUGAGAGGACUGGUGAGCACAUACUUGUCAAUACAAUCUUCAAGUUUUGAUACAGCAUUUCUAAUUUAUAUCAACCGAUUCUUGGGAACGCAAUAUGAAUCGAAUGAAUUAACAUCCUUAUUCGAAAAGAGUUCUUGCAUUCCAGAAUUCAAAGAUGAGAAAGUAGUAUUACUUCUCGAUGAAUUUGAUUCCAUUGCAGAAAUUCCCACAGAAGAAAGAACAAGAUUUCUAGCUGCACUUUCUUCAAUGAAACAAAACAAAACUUUAUUAUUUUCUUCAUUCUUGUUUAGCAAUUACAAAUUUUGUUGGUGA